CGCACUCUUGUGUGAACCAGCUGCAAGCACCACGCGCCCUCACAUUGCCCUCUCCAACCCUCUGCAACGUGCUCGCCGUUCACGCCCCUUGUCCAGCCACCGUCGCGUGAGGCAUGUCCGACAAGAUUGUUGCAGGAACCGCAGACGCACACGCAUACUGUUCCCACGCAUAUCUGUAGCUCCAGCAGGGUCACAGCCAUGAGCAGCGAAGAGGACGGCGUCGACCUCAUGGCGGCUUUCAAAAAGGGCGGGCGCAAGAGCACGCGCAGUAGCACUGCUGCCCCGCCCGAGCUGUCGAAGCGCGCCUCGUUCUCUCCGGGUGACUUCUUCUCAGACCAGAGCUCGGGUGGAGACGAUGACACUAUCCAAGUUGUGUUGCCGGCGGCCACACGCAGGGCGGUAUGCGUGCGUGUGCGGCCGGUCCAAGACAAGGACGAAUACACGUACUACGAGCCGCAGGACGAGGUGGAGCGCAUCUUGCGAGAGUCCAACAGAGGAAAGGAGCUCAUGUACACGGUCAGACUGGUGGGGGACCAGACCAAGGAGAUCACGUUCGAAGAGCUUCUCGAACUCACCGGCGGCCCAGAAGCACUGCAGAGCUUCCAGCACUACGACGACGCAUCCUCGCCCAGCGUCGACGAACCCAACAUGAGACUCCGCGCCAAGGCACCCAAGACCACCCACGACGGGUUCCUCGACAUCUCCAUGCUGGACCUCUCCUCCGAUGACGAGCUUGCCUCGACUUCACGAGGGCCGCGGAACAACCGCAGGCGGGCGUCAGCCAGGCAGGGCAUUGACAGCGAACGUUCAUCGACGGCCCGCUCGCGCCGGAGGAACGCCACGGACCCUUCGACCAGCGACGAUUCAGAGAUUGAGGUCAAAAGGCGAGGGCGACCCCGGAAACCGAAGAAGACACCAGAACCUACGCGCCGCUCCUCCCGGCAACACACUGCCGUGCACGCAUACGAUCAAGAUGAGAGUGAAGACGACGACGAUGACGACGACGACGGCGAUGGCUCGAGCGGCUCUGACAUCCUUCGUUCGGAUCUACUUCCUGGCCGGAAGCGCAAGCGGCGGACCCUACGCUCCAUGAAGCCGGACAAGGUGCCACGGACUGGAAUGCGUCAGUCUGAUCGAUCAACACGCGCCACCAACAACAUGCAAGAGGCGAAUGGUGACGACGUGUAUCGUUCCGACUCCGAGCCACGAGCAGCCGCGCAAAAGAUCACAGUCGUGCGCGAGGUCUUUGAGACGCUUCCACGAAGCAGCCUCUUCCGCUCGCGCCAUGUCGAAGGCUGUGAGGUGUGCUUUGAUGGACCCAGCGUCGCACCUCUCAUCUACUGUCAGGGAUGCUCUCUUGCGUACCACAAGAACUGCGUGGGUAAUCGAGCAAAUCGAGAACACCUAGUCACCAAGGUCGGUCACGAGAGUUUUGUGCUGCAGUGUAGACGGUGCAUCAAUGUAUAUCAAAAGAAGGACGCCACUGCGCCUGAUCUCUCCCAAUGUCAGGACUGUAAGGAACAGGGUGUCUCGUGCAAGCCGUUCAGGCAUCGCCAGACGACACAGCAGGAGAUGAAGGACCGGGAAGACAACGGCGGCCAAGAUCCGGUCGUCGAUGUGGCACCAGAACUCAUCAACAACGCCCACAACGUGCUCUUUCGAUGCACCAAAUGCUCUCGGGCAUGGCACUAUCACCACUUGCCACCACUAUCCCAGUAUGCCAUGGAUAUUAUGCGCGACGACGAGGAAACGGCAGAUGACCGAUUUCGAGAAUAUUCCAGCAAGUGGCUUUGCAAAGAGUGUGACGAAACAAGCGACCAAAAGGUUAGCGGGCUCAUAGCCUGGCGCCCCUCCGACGUGGAAACGUACCGACCAGGAACGCCAUGCUAUCUUGUCAACGAAGACGAGAAACAGUACUUGAUCAAAUGGGAGAACCAGUCUUACUUCCGCGCCGCAUGGUACUCUGGAGCUUGGACUUGGGGUGUCACAGCGCCAGCUAUGCGAAAGGCCUUCUACAAGCGCGAAGAUGGGCCAAAGAUGAGAACGGAGGACGCCGUACCGGAAGAGUAUUUACGCAUCGAUAUUGUACUAGACAUCAAAUACACAAGCUAUGUAGAAGUCCGCAGCGAAGAGAUCGACAAAGCCCGAAUCAAAGAGGUGGACAAGGCGCUCAUCAAGUACAAGGGUUUGGGCUACGAAGACGCAGUUUGGGAGAAGGUGCCUACACAAGAAGAUGAAGAUAGAUGGCUAGAUUUCGUCACUGCUUACAACGACUGGGUCGCCGGGCGUUAUGUAAGAUACCCAAAGCAAGGUCCACUGAAAGCGCGUCUCGACAAGGCCCGCAACACGCCUUUCGCCAAAUUGGAGAAACAAAAACAACCGGAGAAUCUUGUCGGUGGUGAACUGAUGAAAUAUCAGAUUGAGGGCUUGAAUUGGCUUUACUAUCAAUGGUACAGCCAAAAGAAUGGCAUCCUCGCUGAUGAAAUGGGUUUGGGUAAGACAAUUCAGGUAAUUGGCUUCAUGGCGACACUUGUCCAGGAGCACAACUGCUUCCCCUUUCUAGUCGUGGUUCCCAACUCGACCUGCGCCAACUGGCGACGAGAAAUCAAGCAAUGGGUACCAUCGCUGCGUGUUGUCGCCUACUUCGGCUCAUCCCAAGCUCGGGACAUGGCAUACAAAUACGAAAUGUAUCCCGAAGGAACGAAGGAACUCAGGUGCCAUGUUGUAGUCACUUCUUACGAAGCAGCCGCGAAUGACAGUUGUCGGAGGAUGUUUCGCAGCGUCAACUGGGGAGGACUGAUCAUCGACGAAGGCCAACGGUUGAAAAACGACAAGAGCCAACUCUACACCGCCCUCACGGCCGUGAAAGCUCCUUUCAGGCUACUACUGACGGGUACACCACUACAGAACAAUGCCAGAGAGCUGUUCAAUUUGCUGCAAUUCUUGGACGAAACUAUCAACGCCGCUGAGCUCGAAGAGAAGUACGCCGAGAUGACAUCAGAAAACAUUAAAGAACUGCACGAUGAAAUCCGUCCCUUCAUCCUUCGACGUACAAAAGCUCAAGUAUUGACCUUCCUUCCACCGUUAGGUCAGAUCAUUCUCCCGAUAUCAAUGAGCCACCUGCAAAAGCAACUUUACAAGUCAAUCCUAUCAAAGAGUCCGGAACUCUUGAAGACUCUCUUUACUUCAGACAAGUCUCUCAAGCAGCAGGAGCGAGCCAACUUGAGCAAUAUACUCAUGCAGCUUCGCAAGUGUCUUUGUCACCCCUUCGUCUACAGUCGCGAGAUCGAAGAGCGAACUGACGUAGCUACUGUCUCCCAUCGCAACCUGGUCGAGGCCUCCGCUAAACUCAGUCUGCUAGAGGUAUUGCUUCCAAAGUUGCAGGAGCGAGGACAUCGUGUUCUCAUCUUCAGCCAAUUUCUCGACAUGCUUAGUAUGAUUGAAGACUUCAUGGACGGGAUGCAGAUGACAUAUCAACGUCUCGAUGGAAAUAUGGGCUCUUUGGAAAAGCAGAAGCGUAUCGAUCAAUUUAACGCACCCGACUCUCCGCUCUUCGCCUUCCUCCUAUCAACUCGAGCUGGCGGUGUAGGCAUCAACCUUGCUACUGCUGACACGGUGAUUAUCAUGGAUCCCGACUGGAAUCCUCAUCAAGACUUGCAGGCCAUCUCCAGAGCUCAUCGUAUCGGUCAGAAGAAGAAGGUCCUCUGCUUCCAGCUCAUGACAAGGGCUUCUGUCGAAGAGAAGAUUAUGCAGAUGGGCAGGAAGAAGAUGGCCCUUGAUCACGUCGUUGUUGAGCAGUUAGAUGCAGACAAUCCUGAAGAUCAAGACGUGGAAUCGAUUCUCAAGUUUGGCGCAGCGGAGCUCUUCAACGAUGACAACGCAGAUCAUGAUAUUCGAUACGACGAUGCUUCGGUCGAAAAGUUGAUAGACCGGAGUCAGCUUGAGAAUACAAAGACAAGCGCGGACGACUCAGCGGAGUCUCAGUUUAGCUUCGCUCGUAUAUGGGCAAACGAUACGGGUACUCUCCAAGAGAACCUCGACAGCGUAGAAGAGGAGGUCGCUCCAGAUCCAGGUGUUUGGGAUAAGAUUUUGAAGGAGCGUCAAGCAUUGGCAGCAGCAGAAGCUCUAGCGCGGGCUGAGGCUCAUGGCAGGGGACGAAGGGCUCGAAUGAACGUUGAUUACGCCAACGAUGAGCAAGAUCAGGCAGCUAACGCCGAUGAAGAUGUCUUCGAAGAUGUUCUUCCCGAGCCUAUCAAGAAGUCGGAUAAGAGACGGAAGAAAGCCAAGUCAGGUUCUGAAAGCGAUACUGACUUCCAAGCUGACACCGAGGACGAGAGCGACCCCGAACUCUAUCCUGCUGAGCUCGAUGCCGAGAGAGAGCUUGGGAGUGCUGCUCGAAGACCCAGUGCAAACAAUAUUGCCAGCUCCACGCUAUACAAGCAGAAUGGCGCAGGUGCGUCCCAAGUUUCCAUUCAAACUUCGUCAAGACCUCCUUAUGCACCACCGCCACCACCAGUCAUUGCUACUAUGGCACCUUCGCGUGGACCGCCGUCAAGUGGAUCACUGAAGCCACCGAAAGGUGGUGUGAAGGUUACCUUAUCGGCAGUCCAUUCCAGCAAGAGCUCUUCUCGCCCUGUGCCUCCUGAGCUUGCAGCGUCUGGCAGACUACAAACAUCACUACCGAAACCUGACGAACCCUCAGUGAAACCGUUCCGGCGUGUUCAUCUCCCAACUCGCUCACCCCUCGACGCCAACUAUGGAACACUCAACUAUCGCCCGUGUCCAGCGUGCUACAAACAACAUCCGCAAGGUGCAUGCGAACUGAAAGUCGCCGGCGUCGAACACUGUGGUCUCUGCGGUCUUGCACACUUUGGCCACGGACGCCAGUGUCCACACAUCAAAUCCGAGACACAGGUCCGCGAGAUGCUCGAAACCCUCAAGAACUCUCCUGAGAAUAAAGAACUGGUGGACGCUGCGGUCAAAUACUUGAGAGGCGUAAAGGGCCAUCUCGUGCAGACGAAGAAGAGGGAACGCGAAAAAUCGGCGCUGCAGUCAGGUCAGCCUUUACCAUCAUCCACCGGGCUUGUUAGUGGGCAGCCUCGUCCGAAUGGUCCCGGAGCAAUAAAUGGUUCUGGUGCUUUGCCAGCUGCACGAGGCCCGCCGCGGCGUGAGGUUCCCCAAACAUACCAGGGACCCGCUAACGCGGCACCUGGCAGUGUGGGUAGCUUUAUUCAAGGACAGCGUGGUUCCGCUACUCCGCAGCAAUACACCCAGCAACUGCAAACGCCAGGGCUUGAUGAUCGUGACGUUGAAAGUGCUCUGAGGGGUUACCUCGGGGGUCCGGCGUCUCACCAGGUGUGAUUUGCUUUCUUGAUGAACGGACGAUUUGCUGCUACGAGGAGAGUAUUAAGCUUGGUCCUUUGGUUAGUAGAUGCUUUCAAAAUGAAAUCGAAGCGUGGAUGGCUUUUUGCGCUUUGUUUCGAUAUCGACUUGAUGUUACUUCAUGCGGGAUGGUGGUUUUGAGAUAGGUUCCGAAGAUCAAGUGAGAGGAGUUUCGUAGGCUAGGUCGUCUCAGUUCGAGACAUGAAGCACGAUUUACAACAUCUAAUAAAUCGUGUUGGUUUCUUUCAUGUAUACCUUCAAUCAGUGACGCCAAACUCCUAAAUCUCGACGAUACCCCACAAUAUACGACGAUCAGUCACUAGAUGUGUUUUAAAUUG